UAGCUCUCUCUCUCUAUCCCCCCCCCCCCCCCCCCCCCCCCCCCUUUCUCUCUCUCUCUCUCCGUCUCCGAGCUUCUUCUCUCUCCAAAACCAAACCCAGCAAAUCGAUAUUUUUCUCGGUAGCCACUGCCUCACAAAUUAUAAGUUUCUUCAGACUAUAAAAAGAAUUUCGGUAUUUUGAGGUUUUGCAAAAUUUGGCUGGGUAAAAUAAAAAUUGGAGCUUUUCAGUGUAAGUUCCAAUGUCACCUCCACUGCUUGGUGCUGGGGAGGAGGAAGGCCAGGGCAAUGUCACUUUAAUGGCUUCCUCCUCCUCACUUGACAGCUUAAGCCGCAAUAGUUUUGAAUUGAAAGAGCGCAACUACAUGGGUUUAUCUGAUUGUUCCUCAGUGGACAGCUCAGUGGUAUCCACUGUGGCUGAUGAGACUAAAAGUAGUAGUCUCAAUGUGAAGGCUACAGAACUGAGGCUUGGACUUCCUGGAUCCCAGUCUCCUGAAAGAGAUCCAGAACUCUGCUUGCCAAGUUCCACUCAACUAGAUGAGAAACCCCUCUUCCCAUUGCAUCCUUUGAAUGAUGGCCACUACUCUUCUACACAGAAGAGUGUUGCCUCAGGCAGCAAAAGAGGGUUCUCCGAUGCUAUGCAUGGAUUCUCAGAGGGGAAAUAUCUUGCUAAUUCAGAGGUAAAAGUGAUGCUGUCUCCAAGGCCUUCUUCAAAUUUGGGACUUAAAGCUGGUUCUAUUCUCGAGAACCUUGGGACUCAACCAGCAAACACAAAAGAGGUAGCACCACCAAAAAUAGUACAAGAGAGGCCUCACGCUGCUAUUGAACCCCGAGCAAGUAAUAAUGGUUCUGCAAAUAGUAAUAGCAGUGCUCCUGCUACAAAGGCACAGGUUGUGGGUUGGCCACCUAUAAGAUCAUAUAGGAAGAACUCAUUGACUAUUACUUCAAAGAACAAUGAUGAAGUAGAUGGAAAAGUGGUGCCUGGAGCUCUGUUUAUCAAGGUCAGCAUGGAUGGUGCUCCUUAUUUGAGGAAAGUGGACUUAAAACAUUACUCUGCAUACCAGGACCUGUCUUCUGCACUUGAAAAGAUGUUCAGCUGUUUUACCAUUGGUCAAUAUGGAUCUCAUGGAACUCUGGGCAGGGAGGUGCUGAGUGAGGUCAAACUGAAGGAUCUGCUUCAUGGAUCCGAAUAUGUUCUUACCUACGAAGAUAAAGAUGGUGACUGGAUGCUUGUGGGUGAUGUCCCCUGGGAGAUGUUUAUUGGUACAUGCAAGAGGCUGAGAAUCAUGAAGGGUUCUGAUGCUAUUGGCCUAGCUCCAAGGGCCGUGGAGAAGUGCAGGAACAGGAACUAGCUAGCUCUGGACAUGAUUAAUCCUAUCCUUCCAGCAGCCCACUAGAAGAUGAGAAGGUAAAGAAGCAAAUCAACCAGAGUUUAGUUGGAGGAUGAGUCAAUGAAGAAUGGUAGGUUGUUGGAUUGGGUAGGAGAUCUUGCCUUGGCUGCUUUUACUAUGUUACCUUUUAUUUAUGUUUUUCUGCCAUGGAAUUAAUAUUCUUGUGGGCAAUUUCAAGUUUGUUAUAUUUGUAGGACUCCCAAGACCUUAUGUAUGUGGGAGUACGUUUGUUGUUCUUCUAUCUGUGCAAGUCUUGUUCCGGUACAGAAUUCUUAGUUUGUAAAGUGCGUUGGUCUGUGAACUCUACUCUGUUAUGUAUGCGUGUAUGAUCAAAGACCUCCAAGUUUUCUGUCGGCUUGA